AUGGCCGCUCUCAAAAUUGAUUUGCAGGCUCCCAACGGAGUCAAGUAUACUCAACCUACCGGCCUUUUCAUCAACAACGAGUUCGUACCCUCUUCGGGUGGAAAGAAACUUACAAGUAUCGAUCCUGCUACCGAGAACGAAAUUGCCACAGUCGAAGCGGCUGACGAGAAAGACGUGGAUACGGCUGUCAAAGCUGCGAAGACUGCUUUCAAAGACUGGAGGAAGGUUGAGUGUUCGGAGCGUGGGCGCCUUAUGGCCAAGCUCGCCGACCUGAUUGAGGCCAAGAGAGAGGUGUUUGCUACAAUCGACGCUUGGGACAAUGGACAAACCUACGCUGAGGCGAUUGAUGGUGACCUCGUUGAAGCUGUCGGCGUGAUUCGCUAUUUCGCCGGUUGGGCAGAUAAGAUUUUUGGUCAGACUAUUAGCACGACUAGCCAGAAGUUUGCUUAUACACUCCGACAACCUAUUGGAGUCGUUGCACAGGUUAUCCCUUGGAACUACCCUCUGUGUAUGGCUACAUGGAAGCUUGGUCCCGCUCUAGCCUGUGGUAACACAGUCGUUAUCAAGGCAGCUGAACAAACACCGCUUAGCAUCCUUCUUCUAGGCCAACUUAUCAAGGAGGCUGGGUUCCCUGCUGGCGUCGUCAAUAUUCUCAACGGCCCUGGUGGCGAAACUGGUUCAUCCCUAGUAUCCCAUCCUUUAGUGGACAAGGUUGCUUUCACUGGCUCAACUGCUACUGGCGCAAAGAUCAUGCGUACUGCCUCGGAAAUGCUAAAGAACGUCACACUUGAGACUGGAGGAAAGUCCCCGUUAUUGGUUUUCGAUGAUGCAGACAUGGAGCAAGCCGUGAACUGGUCUCAUUUCGGGAUUAUGUCUAAUCAGGGCCAAAUUUGCACUGCGACGUCACGACUUCUGGUACAAGAGAGCAUCUAUGACGACUUUGUCCAGAGGUUCGUUCAAAGAGUCAAAACUACUAGCGUUGUCGGUAAUCAGUGGGACAAGGGUGUAUACCAAGGUCCCCAGGUCUCGAAAGCCCAGUAUGACCGGGUCCUUGACUAUAUUGAUAUCGGGGUCACUGAGGGAGCGAACCUCGCAUUAGGGGGCGAGCCAUCAAAGGCUGGUAAGGGCAAGGGCUUCUUCAUUGAACCAACAGUCUUCACAGAUGUGAAGCCCUCGGCUCGGAUUUACCGUGAGGAAAUUUUCGGACCUGUGGUAGUUAUUACUAAGUUCAAAACUGAAGAGGAGGCAGUCGACUUAGCUAAUGACACUACUUAUGGUCUUGGAUCAGCUGUCUUUACAACUGACCUAGAGAGAGCACACCGAGUGUCAGGUAAUAUUGAGGCUGGCAUGGUAUGGGUAAAUAGUAGCCAGGAUUGCGAUCCUAGGGUGCCUUUUGGUGGCGUCAAACAAAGCGGCAUUGGUAGGGAGCUGGGCGAAGCUGGACUCGAGGCAUAUUCCCAGAUUAAAGCUGUCCACAUCAAUAUGGGUAACAGGAUGUAA